AGAUAUGAUUAUACAUUUCACGAGAACUUGAGGGUUGGCAGCGUUUCUCCUUUUCCUCUUUUUCAUGCUCAGAAAGUGUCACUUUUUUCUUGGAGCUGACACAGCUCCCACCAAAAAAUCCUAAAUUAACACGCUGUGAGGCUGCCGGUGAUAUGUAACAAGAAGUAGACAAAAGCUGUCAGGAAUUGGCGGAGACUGAACUCCACUCACUGGAGAAGCACAAAAUCCGGAACCCCAGAAUCAACCGAUCUCAGGAAGCCAUAAUCAUGCCAAAGAUGCAAUCUUUCUCAGUAUUCUCUGUGCAACUUUACUUGCUUCUUUCACUAAUGUUAGGCGUCUUGGAAGUUUCAUUGUCUCAAGAAGGGUUCUGCACUGCACCAUCAAUCUUGAAGACUGACUCCAAUGCUCUACCACUUUACUGGAAAGUUACCAAUCCCACCUUGUCUCCUUCUCAUCUGCAAGACUUGCCAGGGUUCACUCGCAGCGUGUACAAAAGGGACCAUGCUCUGAUAACUCCUGAAAGUCAAGUGUUCAGCCCUUUGCCUGCUUGGACAAAUACAUUGGGUGCUUAUCUUAUAACACCUGCAAUGGGCUCACAUUUUGUUAUGUACUUGGCUAAGAUGCAAGAAAAUUCAAAGUCAGGGCUUCCACUAAGUGAUGCUGAGAGGUUCAUAUUCGUUCUUCAUGGUACUGCAGUUCUUAUUGAUGCAUCUGGCUAUACCCAUAAUCUGAAUGUGGAUUCCUAUGCUUAUCUUCCUCCAAACUCAACUCAUCACUUGAAUUGUGAGGCAACCGCAACUCUUGUUGUAUUUGAAAGAAGGUACUCCUACCUGGAAAACUAUAGUACAGGGCUAAUUGUUGGUACAACAGAUAAGCAGCCUCUUCUUGAGACUCCUGGCGAGGUUUUUGAACUCAGGAAACUACUUCCCACUUCUUUGCCAUAUGAUUUCAACAUUCAUAUUAUGGAUUUUCAACCAGGAGAAUUUCUUAAUGUGAAGGAGGUCCAUUAUAACCAGCAUGGUUUACUGCUUUUGGAGGGCCAGGGAAUUUACCGCUUAGGUGACAGCUGGUACCCUGUUCAAGCUGGUGAUGCCAUUUGGAUGGCACCAUUUGUUCCUCAAUGGUAUGCUGCCCUUGGCAAAAGCCGAACACGUUAUUUGCUGUAUAAGGAUGUAAAUAGGAAUCCCAUGUAAUGGCAUGUAGUAAUAUCUGGGGUGCUUGAUGGUCUGCUUCUAAGAGUACAUGUACACGUGGCGAAGCAAAAUACAAAGUAGUCUUCUUUAUACAAGGCAUGUCAGUUGCACCAUCUGAUUUAUCUUCUGGAUUCAUUUCAUUGCAUCAUAACCUAAUGGAUGGAGAAUUUUCAGCUCAGCAAA